AUGGAGGAUAUAGAAAGUAUCAAGGACGUAUGUAUGGCACAGAAGUCUAAGUGUGUGUAUUUUAAAGGGUACCUGGAGCAUGCGAUACAGGCAUCUAGAAGGGCAUCUGAGAUUCUUUUCAGGGUGAUUCAGAUACCCAGGGACAUUCAAUGGAACGAUGCAUUGCUUACACAGUGUGUUGAGAUGUGUGAGAAACAACAAGUGGUUCUUGAUGACUUUUGUGCUUUAUGUGGCAAUACUGUUAUGAAAGAAUUGGAAGAGCUUGUAUCUAGGAUUGAUUCAGGCAUAAGGUCGAUUGAAGAAGAAAUGCAAAUGGUCUAUGAAAAGUCUGUUGAAAGCCUGAAGAAACUUAGAGAAGCCAAAGACAAGCAUGUUGAUGCAUGGGUGUCUGGAAAGCACGAUCCUUGGAUAACGGAGUCUGAGUUGAGAAUAGCAAUCAAGAAGGUGCUCAUAAGCGAUAAUGAAGCAUGCAGUGCUAUUCGCAUGAAAAUGGAUAGAUUUAAUGCACUUUUGCAAGAUGUUUCAGGUGAGUUUAGAUCAUUGGUGACUAGGUUUGCACAGAAGCAAAAGCAGAUGUACACAGAUCUUGCGAGCAUAACAUACAUUGAUUUAGACAUGCAUACAAGCGUAGAGAAGUUUUUUGAUGCUAAAUCUGAUCUUAUUCAAGAGGUUAAACUAGAAAACAACAACAAUCUGAAGAUAAACGAUAAAAUAGAAGAUUCAUUUGAGACUCUUAUAGAAGGUAUGAGCAAGGAACUUUCUGUAAGGAACAUUGUUGUCAGAAAAAGCAUAGCUGUUGUGAAUGCAUCACUGUGCAAAAUCAAAAAGGGAUACUCUGGAGACUGGAUGCAAGCAUACAUGGUGGUUACUUCUACUAAGCAUGUGCAUUUUUUGGAGGUCUACGCAUUGAUUGAAGAAUUUAUGCAUGAGAAAGAUAAAAGGAAACUGCUUUUAUGCAUUAACCAACUCGAAGAUGCGAGUAUUAGUGAAUGUGAACGAGCUGUUUUUGAGAUUAAUGAUGUGAUGAGCAAGGAGCUUGCACGAUGUAGGCUGAAUCCAGUGAUAUCGCUCAAGUCAUGUGAGAAUGUAUAUGAGCUUGUGAAGGAGAAGAAGACGAUUAUGAUAAACAGAAAACGACAGAGUGGGUUUGCAAGUUUCUUUGGCAUUUGUGAGUUGAAGGUUCGUUUUUUUACGCUUUCGAGUGCGCUUGAGAUGGAUCAUGCAUUAAACACAAAUGCCGAGGUUUUAGUUGAAGAUGAUAUAUACACCGCUAGUGACUUGAAAAUAGAAGAAGAGUGUUUAAAUGUAGAUGUUCAUAACGAAGUUGAGUUCAGAAUAUUGCUGAAAGAAGAGAAUCCUUGGGUUCGAGAUGUUAAUUAG